GUCUCCGGAGCUUGCGCUAAGCUCUUUGCGGCGGCCCCCACUUGCAAGCAGGUCUCAGAAAGCAGGCGGUGGGGGGAAAAGGCGUCGUUCCUGGAGCUGCGACCAGGCGACCAGAGUCCUCAGGGAUGAACCUCGAGUUGCUGGAGUCCUUUGGGCAGAAUUAUCCAGAGGAAGCGGAUGGCACUUUGGAUUGUAUCAGCAUGGCCCUGACUUGCACCUUUAACAGGUGGGGCACGCUGCUUGCGGUUGGCUGUAAUGAUGGCCGGAUUGUCAUCUGGGAUUUUUUGACAAGAGGAAUUGCUAAGAUAAUUAGUGCACACAUCCAUCCUGUCUGUUCUUUAUGCUGGAGUCGAGAUGGUCAUAAGCUCGUGAGUGCUUCCACUGAUAACAUAGUGUCACAGUGGGAUGUCCUUUCAGGCGACUGUGACCAGAGGUUUCGGUUCCCUUCGCCCAUCUUAAAAGUCCAGUACCAUCCACGAGAUCAGAACAAGGUUCUCGUGUGUCCCAUGAAAUCUGCUCCUGUCAUGUUGACCCUUUCAGAUUCCAAGCAUGUUGUUCUGCCGGUAGACGAUGACUCCGAUUUGAACGUGGUUGCAUCUUUUGAUAGGCGAGGGGAAUAUAUCUAUACAGGAAAUGCAAAAGGAAAGAUUUUGGUCCUAAAAACCGAUUCUCAGGAUCUGGUUGCUUCCUUCAGAGUCACAACCGGAACCAGCAACACUACAGCUAUUAAGUCCAUAGAGUUUGCCCGGAAGGGGAGUUGCUUUCUAAUUAACACAGCAGAUCGGAUAAUCCGAGUGUAUGAUGGCAGAGAAAUCUUAACGUGUGGAAGAGACGGAGAGCCUGAACCUAUGCAGAAAUUACAGGACUUGGUAAAUAGGACCCCGUGGAAGAAAUGUUGUUUCUCCGGGGACGGAGAAUACAUCGUGGCCGGCUCAGCCCGGCAGCACGCCCUGUACAUCUGGGAGAAGAGCAUCGGGAACCUGGUGAAGAUCCUUCACGGCACGAGGGGCGAGCUCCUCCUGGAUGUCGCUUGGCAUCCUGUUCGACCCAUCAUAGCAUCCAUUUCAAGUGGCGUGGUAUCUAUCUGGGCACAAAAUCAAGUAGAAAAUUGGAGUGCAUUUGCCCCAGACUUCAAGGAGUUGGAUGAAAAUGUAGAAUAUGAGGAAAGGGAAUCGGAGUUUGAUAUUGAAGAUGAAGAUAAGAGUGAGCCUGAGCAGACGGGGGCUGAUGCUGCAGAGGAUGAGGAAGUGGACGUCACCAGUGUGGACCCUAUUGCCGCCUUCUGUAGCAGUGAUGAAGAGCUGGAAGAUUCAAAGGCUCUAUUAUAUUUACCCAUUGCCCCUGAGGUAGAAGAUCCAGAAGAAAAUCCUUACGGGCCCCCACCGGAUGCGGUGCAAACCUCCCUGAUGGACGAAGGGGCUAGUUCAGAGAAGAAGAGGCAGUCUUCGGCAGACGGGUCCCAGCCACCUAAGAAGAAGCCCAAAACGACCAAUAUAGAACUUCAGGGAGUGCCCAAUGAUGAAGUCCAUCCGCUACUGGGUGUGAAGGGCGAUGGCAAAUCCAAGAAGAAGCAAGCAGGCCGGCCUAAAGGAUCAAAAGGUAAAGAGAAAGAUUCUCCAUUUAAACCGAAACUCUACAAAGGGGACAGAGGUUUACCUCUGGAAGGAUCAGCGAAGGGUAAAGUGCAGGCGGAGCUCAGCCAGCCGUUGACAGCAGGGGGAGCAAUCUCAGAACUGCUAUGAAGACCCCUCGAAGUUCUCCAAUCUUCCCCACUGUGCCAUCAUGUGGCCUCUGGACGCUGUGGUCAGUCAUUUGAGAUUGACUUUAAUUUAAAACAAAGGCCUCUGCCUCCGACCCAGGAGGUGGAAGGAGUGAAUCGUGUGUUUGAAUGAAGAAGCGAAUAAUGGAAGAAGAGUACACGGCCCUUUUCUUUCAAGCAGAAGUCCAAAUAGGCUCUCAGGAAUGAGGAUCUGUGAAGACAUCCAGCAGGGGUUUUGACUCAUUCAGGCUUCCGUGCUCAGUUCCCGUUGCUGGACAGAGACCCGUGUUGCUCCUCGAACUCUCGUACCCAGGAUCAUUUUGAGCUGACGUUUCCCGUCUCCUGUUCGCCUUUCAUCCUCCAUGCAUGUCCUCGAGUGACUUCCUCUUAUCUGAAGUUUUGCUGCUGGUGUCUUAGGAAAACUUCUGUUGCAUAUUCUGUCUUCCAUUUUUUUAACUCCCUCUCUCAUCGGAUAUUUCCUCUAUUUGCAUAGUGUGUACAGAGGAGGGGCAGAAAAGAAAGUGCUUGAAAGAUUUCAGGUGUUUGGAAAGGGAAGAAAGAUGAGAAAGACCCCCUCUUCUUGACAAGAUCCUGUUUUGCUCAUGAAGCUGGGCUGUAACAGGGUCAAGGCUUUUCUUUGUUUCCUUGCAUUGCAUGGUGUCCUCCAGUGGUGGCUCGUUCUCAUUAAUCAUGGUUUUUGAAGGUAGCUCGUUUCAUCCAUCAGCAGCAGAGAAUCAUCCGUAGUUCACAUUGCUCCACCUGCGCUGGCUUACGGAGAGGGAAGCAGGUCACGGUGCCUCUCACCAAGCUUUCAUUUUUAUUGGGGUGGGGGAUCGAUACAGGGGACUAAAAUCCACCCGUCCGAAAUCAAAGCAGCAGCAGCAACACGGUUCAAAUCAAAGAUCAAGGAAAAAAAAAUUGUUUUUAUCAUUGCUUGUGGAGAUCUGUCCUUCCCAUCAGCCCUUUCUCCCUCCCUGUACCCGCACUCCUUCUCCCUACCGCCUGUUUUCAGUCUCUUCCUUUCUGUGAAAGGUUGCCUCGCUUUUUAAGACAAUUUUUUACUUUCUACUUUUUUGCUUUUGCUGUUCUUUGUAUAAAAAGUAGCAAAUUUGGAUUGGAUGCGUACAUGAGGUGUUGGAAAUUCUCCGAAGACCCGGAGUCCAGAGACCAGGUGGAGAGAGAGGGCACAGCUCUCAGCCCGAUGGGAGGUGCUCACCCUGGGCGGCCGGGGAGUCUCCGCGCUGUGCUCCUGGGGAGCUCCCGGAGCCGCGCGGUUCUCCUGUAGCCGGCCACACAGGCUGAUUAUCUUUUUGGAAUUUAGGAGAGAAAUCACAGUAGUCUUAUGUCAGGAAGAGCCUCUUUCUCCCACUCCAUCUUUUAGAACCAGAAUGUUGAGUAGUCAAAGUAAGAGCUUCCCCCGGAGUCGAUUGCAAAAUAUCUGUAUUUUUAGACGCUGCCACUUCUUCCCCCUCAAAUGCUUAUGUUGUGAAUUUCAUUUGUAUUUCACAUCAGACCCCAGUGGUUGAGAUUGGCUAGUGGCUCUUUCGACGAGUUUUUUGUUUUGCGGAUGUGGUUUCUAUUCCAUUUCUCUGUGUCCUGCGCACCAUCACAAACAGUAUGGCACAGAAGGGCUCUGCCCUACUUCCUGGGUGAAGUCGCCCGGUGUCCUGUGCCUGAGCACUGGGGCAUUUAUGUUGUGCCCACCUGCCGAGCCAGUUUCAGCCCUGUCGGGGCCCCUGGCAGCAGCUCUUCGUCAUUAUUUAUGCUUCUGGAAUUUCUUUCAGCUCCUAAAGCUUUCCGUCCAGUUUGAUUUUCUCAGUGUGUACGAUACAUGCAUAUUCUCUUCUCUUUUGUCAUUCCUUCCCCCCAACCCAUUUCGUUUUUUAAUGUUCCAUAGUUUUGUACAAGACGAGACUUAGCCUUGGGUACUUCUUGCUGAAGCUUUAAUGCUUUGUAAAUAAAAGCGGAUGUUUAUUAAAGAACAGGUGUAGAUGUUU